UCUUCCUUCCUUCUUUCAGCCAUUAAUCCUUUUCCUCAUCCACAAUCCCACGUGCUUUCUUCUUCAUACCUGCACCGCCUAACCACCUGUGCUCCUUUUUUGUUUUUACUGCCUUUGUUGUCAUAUUCGUAUGCUGAUUCUCUGUCUUCUUCGUCCCUUCUUCUUUCGCUUCUUUCUGGCUUUUUCCUUCACCGAGAACAAAACAUUGUAAUGUUCUCUGAUUACUGACUUUUUCAUCCAUGGCUCCUGUUGUUGAUACUCCAUUGGGCAUUCUCAAUGCUGCAUUCUUCAUCGCUAUAUUGAUAUGGAUUUUGGUUGAUAGUUUGAGGGAAAGUAGGCGUAGCGAUGUUGUAUAUUUGAAACACGUACCGAAACGAUUCGUUGUUUUCUCCACAAUCACGCCUGUGUUUCAUGUUAUUCUUUCGGUUUUGAACUUCGCUUUUGCCUUUCAUGAAUAUUGGAGGGAGAAAAUCGUGUCAUAUUACUCUGUUUCGUUGGCUCUCACUUGGAUUUUAGCGACCUUGGGUUCGGUGUACUCCAUGAAGAGCAUACGCCGAGAAAACAAAACGUGGCCUCUCGUUUUGAUUCUCUGGUGGUUCUUCGCCACUGUGUUGGAUUUAAUCUUCGUUUCUGUGAAACUCUUCAAGAAUUUCAAAUCCUUGGAUUUGUCUUUCUUUUUGUUAGAGGAAAACGUGGUGGAUUUCGUUUCCUUUCCUCUUUUGUUACUUCUCUGGUUCAAUGCUCUGCCUUCUGUAUGGACGAGGAAACGCAGUGAAUCUGAACAAGUGUUGCUUCAAAAGAAGGACGGCGGCGAAGAAGAAGAACAAGAAGAUGAGGAAGCAUUUAUAAAUGCUGGAAUAUGGAGCAAGCUCACGUUUCAAUGGCUGAAUCCUAUUUUCAGGAGAGGUCAGAUUCAGAAACUUGACCUUCCUCAUAUCCCUUCAGUACCUCAAUCUGAAACUGCAGAAUAUGCUUCUUCCAUGCUCGAAGAUUCACUCCGAAAACGAAAACUCGAAAACGGCUCACUGACGAAAGCUAUUGCUCAUUCUAUCUGGAAAUCCUUGACCUUGAACGCAGUUUUCGCAGGUGUUAACACAGUGGCCUCUUACAUGGGUCCCUUGUUGAUCACAAAUUUCGUGAAUUUCUUAUCGGGAAAUUAUAAUGAUUCAAGCAUCCACUACGGGCUAAUUCUUGCGUUCAUUUUCUUCCUGGCAAAGACUCUGGAAUCAUUAACUCAAAGACAAUGGUACUUUGGGGCUCAGCGAAUAGGAAUUCAAGUCCGUGCAGCUCUCACGGGUCUGAUAUACAACAAAUCACUAUCGAUCAAGUGUGGUGGACCAACACAUAGUAAAAUCAUAAACUUAAUCAGUGUGGAUGUUGAAAGGAUUGGAGAUUUCUGCUGGUUCAUUCAUGGAGUAUGGUUGCUUCCAGUUCAGGUUGUGUUGGCCUUGGUUAUCUUGUACAGGAAUUUAGGAUUCACACCCUCCGUUGCUGCAUUUGCUGUCACUGUUUUGGUCAUGGUGUGCAAUACUCCCAUGGCUAAUAUGCAGGAAAAUCUUCACUCCAAGAUUAUGGAAGCCAAAGAUUCGAGGAUUAAAGCGACUUCAGAGAUACUAAAGAACGUGAGAAUUUUGAAAUUGCAUUCAUGGGAGUCCACAUUUCUGAAGAGGCUCCAUCAGCUUAGGGAAAUUGAGAAGAACUGGCUUAAGAAAUAUCUGUAUACUUGCUCAGCAGUGACGUUUCUGUUUUGGACAUCACCAACUCUUGUUUCUGUGGUCACUUUUGGUGUCUGUAUAAUGGUGAAAACAGAAUUAACAGCAGCCACUGUACUCUCAGCUCUAGCAACUUUUCGUAUCUUACAAGAACCAAUCUACAACUUACCUGAGCUUGUCUCCAUGAUAGCUCAAACGAAAGUGUCACUUGAUCGAAUCCAAGAAUUCAUUAAAGAAGAGGAUAAAAUGCAAUUCAUGACUAAGCCUACAUUGAAACCUUCUGAUAUUGCCAUUGAAAUUAAAACAGGCGAAUACUCAUGGGAAGCUGAUGAUCAAUACUACAAGAAACCGACUAUUCAAAUUACAGAGAAGUUGAAAAUAGAGAAAGGUCAAAAGGUAGCAAUAUGUGGGUCGGUGGGGUCUGGCAAAUCAAGCCUGCUAUGCUGUAUGCUUGGUGAGAUUCCGAGGAUUUCAGGCCCAGGAAUUGAAGUAUAUGGAAGUAGAAGUUAUGUUCCCCAAAGUCCCUGGAUUCAAUCGGGGACUGUGAGAGAAAAUAUACUGUUUGGCAGGAAAAUGAACAAGGACUUGUACGAGAAUGUCCUGGAAUGCUGUGCAUUGCACCAGGAUAUCAAUCACUGGGAAGAUGGAGAUUUGACCAUGGUAGGGGAGAGGGGCAUCAACUUAAGUGGAGGCCAAAAACAGAGAAUUCAACUGGCAAGGGCUGUUUACAAUGAUUCUGAUAUUUAUUUCCUGGAUGACCCUUUCAGUGCCGUUGAUGCUCAUACUGGAACGCAUUUGUUUAAGAAAUGUCUCCUGAAACUCCUAUCUGAGAAAACAGUUGUUUACGCUACCCAUCAGCUGGAAUUUUUGGAAGCUGCUGAUCUUGUCUUGGUAAUGAAAGAUGGGAAAAUAGCUGGGUCCGCAAAGUAUGAAGACCUGAUAGCAUGCCACACUUGCGAACUUGUUGACCAAAUGGCUGCUCAUAAGGAAACAAUCAAACAAAUUAGACCGUGCUGCGAGUAUAAAUCCUUAUCCAAGAACUGUACACCAUGCCAAAUACAGCAAAUUAAAGUAGCCGAAACAAACCUUGAAGAAAACAGGACACAGUUGGAGAGAACCAAAGAAGAGAAAGCAGAGACGGGUCGAGUUGAUUGGAGUGUUUACUCAACCUUCGUCACGUUUGCUUAUAAAGGCGCAUUUGUUCCUAUUAUUCUCUUAUGCCAAAUUCUCUUUCAAGGAAUGCAAAUUGGAAGCAAUUAUUGGAUUGCUUGGGCGGCAGCACAAAGAGGCAGUGUUAGUAAAGAAAUGCUUAUAGGGACCUUUGUUUUGCUAUCUGGUGGCAGUUCCAUCUUCAUACUAGGAAGGGCUAUUUUCAUGGCAAAAAUUGCUGUAGAGACAGCUCAACGUCUUUACCAACAAAUGAUUACAUCGGUUUUCAGAGCUCCCGUUUCUUUUUUCGAUACCACCCCGUCAAGCAGAAUCUUGAAUAGGUGUUCCACAGAUCAAAGUACAGUGGACACAGAUAUACCGUACCGAUUAGCAGGACUAGUAUUUGCACUUAUCCAGUUGUUGAGUAUCAUCGUCCUGAUGUCCCAGGUUGCUUGGCAAGUCAUUCUUUUCUUUCUUGUCGUGCUUGCGAUCUCCAUCUGGUAUCAGGCUUAUUACAUUACUACUGCCAGAGAAUUGGCCAGGAUGGUAGGAAUAAGGAAGGCUCCAAUCUUGCAUCACUUCUCAGAAUCAAUUGCUGGGGUGGCCACAAUCCGUUGUUUCAAUCAACAGAAAAGAUUUUAUGGGAAAGUUAUGGCUCUAAUUGAUGAUUAUUCUCGUGUGGCAUUUCAUAAUUAUGCCACCAUGGAAUGGUUAUCUAUUAGAAUAAACUUUCUCUUUAAUCUGGUCUUCUUCUUCGUUCUCAUCAUCUUGGUUACACUGCCAAGGUCUGCCAUUGAUCCCAGCUUGGCAGGUCUGGUAGCUACUUAUGGUUUGAACUUGAGUGUUCUUCAGGCUUGGGUGAUAUGGAACCUCUGCAAUGUGGAAAACAAAAUGAUAUCAGUGGAGAGAAUACUACAAUUCACUAAGAUACCAAGUGAAGCUCCAUUGAUAAUUCAAGAUUGUAGACCCCAAAUAGAGUGGCCUACGGAGGGAAAAAUUGAACUUCACAAUCUCCAUAUUCAGUAUGAUCCUGCAGCUCCUAUGGUUCUCAAAGGUGUCACUUGCACCUUUCCAGGACACAAGAAGAUUGGAGUUGUAGGGAGGACAGGAAGUGGAAAAUCCACCUUAGUGCAAGCUCUCUUCCGUGUGGUGGAACCUUCAGUAGGGUGGAUACUUAUUGAUAGUGUGGAUAUUUGCAAGAUUGGGCUAAAGGAUUUGAGAUCCAGGCUUGGCAUAAUUCCUCAGGAUCCUACCUUGUUUCAAGGUACUGUAAGGAACAACUUGGAUCCUCUAGAGCAACACUCAGAUCAAGAACUUUGGGAGGUUCUCCGUAAGUGCCAUCUUGCUGAUAUAGUUAGGAAGGACCCAAGGCUUCUUGAUGCAUCAGUGGCUGAAAAUGGAGAGAAUUGGAGUGUUGGACAAAGGCAACUUGUUUGUCUUGCCAGGCUGCUAUUGAAGAAAAGAAGAAUUUUGGUUCUUGAUGAAGCUACUGCAUCGAUUGACACGGCGACUGAUAAUUUAAUUCAAAAGACUAUCAGAGAAGAGACAAGUGAAUGCACGGUCAUUACAGUAGCACAUAGGAUUCCUACAGUUAUUGAUAAUGACCUCGUAUUGGUUCUCGAUGAAGGGAGGAUUGCAGAGUUUGAUCACCCAGCUAAGCUGCUAGAGAACAAUUCAUCAUCAUUCUCAAAGCUAGUAUCAGAAUUUUUGAGGAGAUCAACUCAGAAUGAUUGCCAAAAUGACACUAUGUGAAGACACUAAC